AUGACCGGACUCCCGGCGCUCCGGGAGCGCUACGAGCGCUUCGAGCCCCGCGCGUACCUGGACAACAACUACAGCCCCCCCCGGGCAGACUUCAGCUCCGAGGGGUCCGUGGUGCCCUGGAAGCUCCGGUGCCUUGCGGACACCUUCGGCUCCGGUGAGAUCCGUGGGCGGACGCUGAUCGAUGUGGGCUCAGGUCCCACCAUUUACCAACUGCUCAGCGCCUGUGACCACUUCGAGGAGAUCGUGGCCACCGAUUACCUGGAGGUGAACCGGGAGGAGCUGCGGCGCUGGGUGCGGGGGGACCCCGGAACCUUCGACUGGAGCCCCUUCAUCCAGCACGUCUGCAAGAUCGAGGGGCGCGGGGAGCCAUGGCAGGACAAGCAGCUCCGCUUGCGCUCCCGUCUGCGCCGCAUCCUCCCCAUCGACGUUCACCGGCCGGAGCCGCUGGGGGCUCCGCUGCAGCCGCAGGCGGACGCGCUGCUCUCUGCCUUCUGCCUGGAGGCCGUGAGCCCGGACGGAGCUGCCUUCACCCGGGCACUGUCCAACGUGUCCUCCCUGCUGCGGCCUGGGGGCCACGCGGUGCUGCUCGGGGCCCUCGGGGAGUCCUUCUACCUGGCGGGGUCCGUCCGGCUGCCGGUGCUGCCGCUGGACGAGGCCGAUGUCCGCCGGGCCCUGCACGGGGCCGGGUUCGAGCUGCGGCGGCUCCGCUGCUAUGUGAUGCCCCCGGAGCUGCGCACGGGGGUGGAUGAUGUCCAGGGGGUCUUCUUUGUCCAUGCACGGAAACCGGGGGGGGAAUGA